CCGAUUGUGUGAUAUUUCAAGACGUUUUGUAAAAAGAAAAAUGCCCCGCCCCUAAUCUGUCCAGCCUGACUAGUUGAUGCCCGAUCGCACGAUUCACCACGACCUUAAACCAAGUGACGUCAACUACACGACGAGAAGAACAAAUCAACCAAAGGUCGUACGUUAGAAAUGGACAACGCAGAGGAUUUAAGGCAAGGUGUUCGGCAGCAACUUUUAACAAUAGCAAGGUAUGUGGAGGAAAAUGUAGAACCCGCCUACAUUUUAUGGAUGGUGGAGGAUGUUAUUGAAAGUCUUGGCCAAAUAUCUGCGCUGACCGACGCCGACGUCGACCCGAUCGUGUGGCAGAACCUGGCGGAGGUACGCAUGCAGCUAAAACUUGCACGUAAACCAUCAGUACCUGGUCGACCUUCACUUGAAGUCUCCGUGGACAUAAUGGAGUCCUACAUACUGUCAGGAUUACCAGCUGCCAAAAUAGCUGAAUUGUUUGGAGUUUCAGUUAGAACAAUAAGACGGCGAAUGGCAUCACAUGGCUUGAAGAUGUCAGAUUUGUAUACUACACUGGGGGACGAGGAACUUGAUGUCAUGAUAGGGGAGAUCCAUAGGCAUAAUCCCAGAGCGGGGAUUAGGAUGAUCCAUGGUCUUCUGAAAUCACAGGGUGUCCAAAUACAGACAUAUCGGGUCCAAAACUCACUACGAAGAGUAGAUCCUGAGGGUACUCUUGCACGACGAUUAUCAAUGCAUGUGUUGAAACGCAGAGCGUAUAGGGUCCCUGCUCCAAACAGUUUAUGGCACAUCGAUGGAAACCAUAAACUAAUUAGAUGGCGAAUAGUGAUACAUGCAGGAGUCGAUGGAUUCAGCAGGUUUAUUGUUUACAUAGCAGCAGCCACAGACAACAAAUCCACCACUGUUUUGGACAGUUUCUUGUCAGCUGUUGGUCAGUAUGGUUUACCAUCUCGUGUGAGAUCUGAUAAGGGUGGAGAAAAUGUUGCUGUGGCUCAUUAUAUGUUGAGCCAUCGAGGAAGCGGUCGCAAUUCCCAUAUCACUGGUCGUAGUGUCCAUAAUCAAAGAAUUGAAAGACUAUGGAGAGAUGUCUAUGGAAAUGUCCUUGACUUGUUCCACACAGUCUUUUUAAAUUUGGAACUGGAAGGGUAUCUUAACCCUGACGAUGAACUGGAGUUAUUCGCUCUCCACUGGAUCUAUGUCCCUCAACUUCAGCAGCAUCUUCAGACCUGCAAAGAAGCUUGGAACCACCAUGGAUUGAGGACUGAAAGAGGGCAAUCCCCUAUGCAACUGUGGCUUACUCAGCCACACGACGAAACUGCUGAUCCAGUUGAGGUAGCUGCUGAUUAUGGCAUCGACUGGACAGGACCUCACCCCUCAAACACAGAAGGUGUUACUGUACCAGAUGCACAACUUCCACGUCAGCUGACAGAAGCCGAAGUGGCAUCUUUACCCGAUCCUGCAGUCCCCCUCUCUGCUUCGCUACAGGCGUACAUGCAAACGGUGUACAUUGUUAAGGAAAUUCUACAAACCUAAUUAAAAAAAAAAAAAGA